UAGAAGAAUGGCCACCAAAACAGCCUUCAUGGCUGUGGUUCUGCUCAUCCUUGUGGCCGGCGAUCUCGCCCAUGGACACGCCUUACCGCCCCCCGGGCGUGCCCGGCGGAGGAGCCUCGGCUGGAUGGGCAUCAAGGGAGGGCCGCCCACUGGCACGCAGCCAUCAGACACCGCUUCUACUGCCCGCCAAGGCGCCAUUUCUUUGGUGGACAAAGGUAGAGGACUCUUCGCCAUUGCGUUGAUAAUUUUCUGGUGGUACGACAAAAAGGGUCACAGAAAGAGAAGCAGACAGAGGAGAGCAAACAGAACCGCCGCAUCAUCUUUGGCGUGGAGGAAGGCAAGUUCGUCGCGCCUGUGCCGGGAUUCAAGCUCCCGCCCCUUCCCCCGAACGCUGCCUGAGAAGAAGAGAUCACACUUCACACCACAGGGCGAGCAUGCAUGCAUGCCGUGGCAUUGACCAUCACUAGGUCUGUCAGCAAAGGUGCCGGAGUGUUCAACGAUGCUUUAUAUAUAUUGUUCGUUCAAUAAGUAAGGCAGCAUCGAUCUGCUAGUAUGAUGCCGUCCAUGUUCAGUAAUUGUAAGGCAGCAUCGGCUGUACCCUAUAUGCUGUGAUGGAAUAAAAACAGUGAA